GCAUACGAAUAGGGUGUCCGUUUAGUCGUUAGAACGUCAUAGCAUUCCUGUUGAGCGGCAGAUGUGGUAAAAUUGGAAGCUUGUACAACGUAAAGUUAUUCCUGUUCGUGAACUUACAGCAAUGUCACGUCGCGACCCAGAAGAACAAGGGAAAAUCUUUGUCGGAGGCUUGAGCUGGGAGACCACAGAAGAUGGACUUCGUGAGUACUUCUCCCAGUUUGGAGACGUGGUGGACUGCGUGGUGAUGUGCAGCAAGGAGACUGGUCGUUCUCGGGGCUUUGGCUUCGUCACAUUCAGGGACCCCAGUUGCGUCACUCUCGCCCUCGCUGGAGGACCACAUUUACUCGACGGACGUUCGAUUGAUCCUAAGGCAUGCAACCCUCGCAGCAUAUCUAAUGGCCCAGCCAGAAUGGACAACAGCAAGAUCCCUGUCUCCCAGGGUGCGAAGAAAGGGAACCCGUGCAAAGUGUUUCUUGGUGGCUUGCCCGCCGCUGUCACAGAAGAAGAGUUGUGCCAGUUCUUUUCAGAGUAUGGAAAGGUCGUGGAAGUAGUCAUUAUGUUUGAUCAUGAACAGCAGCGUUCCAGAGGAUUUGGAUUCUUGGUGUUCGAAGGAGAAGAUGCAGUCUCCAAGCUGACCCAGCAGCGAUUCGUCCAAAUCAAAGAUAAGCAGGUGGAGUGCAAACGUGCGGAGCCGAGGAAUGCCCGUCCCCCACCAAUGAAGCGCCCGGGUGGAGGGCCGUGGGGAGAUGGAGGAGGUCCAGCUGGUGGGGGUGGCCCUCAGGGGUGGGGUGGAUCAGGUGGUCCCCCUCCUCCCCCAAUGAAUGGAGCACCCGUGGCUCCAAACUACCAGGGAACGUGGCCCACACCACCAAUCGCCCCACCUGCAGGUGGCUAUCCUGGAUAUCAACAGUGGGGUGCUCCAGCAUCUGGAUUUGGAGGUUAUCCAGCCAUGCCCCCAGCUGCACCCAACAGCUCCCAGAUGUAUGCUGGCUUUGGCACUUACAAUCAGGCAGCAUCAGGCUAUGGACCAGUGCGUGGAACCGGAACUUACGGAGGGGGCUACAAUGCAGCUGGAGGCUACGGAGAUGGCACCCAGGCUGCCACACCAGCCAGUGGAGAUGCCAGCAAGCCCGCUUCCCAAGCAUACACGUAUCAUCCGUACCAACGGUGAAGUCCACUCAGAUCAGGAUCUUUUCCUUUUUUUACUACUCUGUACCCAUUUUGAAUCAACAUCGUCAGCUGCAGACCCCCCCUUUGUAUUUUUCUAUGCAGCCUUCAGUGUUUUGGUCCGUCUGCAAAUGGCAGACACAAACGCUCAUAAGGGAGCCACCGUCAUCAUCCACUCUGUUGUCAUUGCCAUAUUUCGAUUGUCCCUAGGGUCCAAAGUGUUGAGUUAGGACGACGUGUAUGUUCUCGUCACACGUUAAUGUAACAAAAACAUUUAAAGUACAAGUUGGGUGUUCCAAAUGAUAAGAACUGUGGAGCGUUUGUCAAAGCAUUAAAGAGCCAUGUUUUUAUGUGUUUAAAAGGUAAAGCAAUAGUUGCUGUGUCAAGCUUCUUUGACAGACUGCUCAGGAAGAGACUAAAGACUAGUCAACAUUUGUAGGAUGAUGUUUGUAUUCCUGUUACUAUCAUGUUCGAAAACACACAUCACUAUUUUUGAGAAUCCAUUUUAAUCUUGUAGAAAUCAGUUGACUUUAUUGUUCAUUUGUGAAAAAAAAAAAAAGAGAAUUAAAGAAACAUGGUUCA